CUGUAGUGGGGCUGAACAAGAGCCAGGAAAAGGGGAAGGGCCUCCCUCUCCUCCUCUCCAGCUGACAAAAACAGCUGCCCAGGAGCCCGAGCUGGAGCCCGUUUAGAGGACAGAGAGGGAGAGAGGAGGAGGGAGGACAGAAGACGGAGAGAAAAGAGCAAGAGGAGGAGGAACAAGUCCCUGAGUCCAGGACCCCGUCCACCUAUAUGGGUUGCGUCGUGAGUUCGGACUGGUGUGGGGAGGAAGAGGUGCAACCGGUGCCGGUGGUCAGAAACCCGUCUCUGAAGAGAAGGAGCCUGGAGAGGAGUGAGAGUGGCAGGAUGAGGUUGACGAAGGGGGGGAAGGGAGAGCCCCACGUCUUCAAGGAAAAGACCUUCAAGAAGAAGCGGCAGUGCAGCGUGUGUCGUCAGAACGUCGACAACGUCGGCUCCUUCUGCAGAGUAUGCAAGACAGCCGCCCACAGGAAGUGCGAGGCCAAGGUGACCUCUGCCUGCAUCCCAGCUCCCUCCAAUGAUCUGCAGCGUAGAGGGACGGCUCCUUCUCGACACACCCAGCACCUGGGGUCCACCAAGUCUCUGACCUAUACCAAACAGAGAAACACCCUGCCAAGGAGCUUCAGUGUGGACCGCGUGAUGGAGAGAGUGAUGGAGCGCCACUAUGACUUCGACCUGACCUACAUCACAGAGAGGAUCAUCUCCGUUUUCUUCCCCCCGAAGCUGGAGGAGCAGAGAUACCGUAUCAACCUGAAGGAGGUGGCUGCCAUGCUGAAGUCCAAACACCAGGACAAGUUUCUGCUCCUGAACCUCUCCGAGAGGCGCCACGACAUCAGCCGACUAAAUCCAAAGGUUCAUGACUUUGGCUGGCCAGACCUCCACGCCCCACCGCUGGAUAAAAUCUGUGCCAUCUGCAAGGCCAUGGAGACGUGGCUGACCUCUGACCCUCAGCACGUGGUGGUCCUGCACUGCAAGGGCAAUAAAGGUAAAACAGGCGUGAUUAUUGCAGCCUACAUGCACUACAGCAAGAUCUCCGCAGGGGCGGACCAGGCUCUCAGUACUCUCGCCAUGAGGAAGUUCUGUGAAGAUAAGGUGUCCUCUUCCCUCCAGCCAUCCCAAAACAGAUAUAUCUAUUACUUUGGGGGCCUUCUGUCCGGGGCGAUCAAGAUGAACAGCAGCCCUCUCUUCCUCCACCAAGUUCUCAUCCCGUCACUCCCCAACUUCCAGGGCGAAGGAGGUUACUACCCCUUCUUGAAGAUCUACCAGUCCAUGCAGUUGGUCUACACUUCAGGCAUAUAUGACCUUCAAGGAACUGGAGGCAGGCGCCUGUGUGUGACCAUCGAACCGGCGCUGCUGCUAAAGGGUGACAUCAUGGUCAAAUGCUACCAUAGGCGGGCCCAGGGAGCUGACAGAGACACUGUGUUCAGGUUGCAGUUCCACACCUGCACCAUCCACGGAUCCCAGCUCUGGUUUGGCAAAGGGGAGCUGGAUGAAGCUUUUACUGAUGAGCGUUUUCCGUCUGAUGCCACAGUGGAGUUUGUCUUCUCCUCUGGACCUGAGAAAAUCAAAGGGCGUGAGUACCAGAAGAAUGACCCAGCUAUCACAGUCGACUACAACACUGCUGACCCAGUGGUUCGCUGGGAUUCCUAUGAGAACUUUAACCAGCGGUACCAGGACAGCCUGGAGGAUAUUGCUCACACCAGAGGUCCUGUAGACGGCAGUCUCUACGCUCAGAUAAAGAAGCGCAGAGGUCCAUGCUCUGGUUCUCUCACUUCAACCAAUGGCAGCAACCCAGCGGUAGGCCUCGCUGAAGAUAGGCCAGAUCAUCUCAUCUCUCAAGGUUCUGACUCCGCCCUCUCAGCCCAUUCCAUCCAUUUGAACCAACCAGCUAUCCAUCCCGACCGCCAGGAGGAGCCCAUUCGCCCGCCGCCGCCAACCAGACAGGAGAAAGAGGAGCUAGAACGUCUCCUCGGAGGCAUAGAGGGAAACCGAGAUGGAGAGCGGGAGACCGCCAUCUUGGAUGAUGGAGAUUCUUUGCCUUCUGAGAGAACUGGGACGCUGAGGCUGAGUCGGUCCUGUUCCUGCCGGGAUGGUUACCGGUCCCAGCGCUGUGCCGAGCCUGGCUGCGACCGCACUCUCCUCAUGCCUAAUGGUUACUGCCUCGAUCGGGCUCCUGGCACCAACGGGCACCAUGGGGCGACCCCUUCAGCCAGCCCCAACCCAGCGGCUCCUCCGUCACACAUGGAUCUGUGCCAGCACUACAGCCCCCACUCUCACCAGUCCCUUCCACCUCCCGACCUCGUGUGGGACCGCCAGAGUGGCCCACCGCACUACCUACACCGCUCCUGCUCGGAGGCUCCCUCAUCUCGACAUAUCUGCCCAUACCCAUCACCAGACCUUACCCCUCACUCUCACAACCACCCACAUCACCACCCUCUGUCUGCCCCCGGUCGCCUCUACUGUCGGGAAGACGACUACGGCCCCUACCACCACCCUCCUCACAGCCACCACCAUCCUCACCCACACCACCCCAAACCCUCCACCAGCCCUACCUACCAUGAUAUAAUGCUAAUGGAUGGUCUGCCACCCCCUGGCUGCCCGUGCAGAGACUGCAGCAUCAGGAGAGAAGACUCUGCGGCUUAUCACAGCCUGAGGCUGGACCGAAAUGACAGCUUCCACUGGGACAGAGAGGCGGAGCUUCAGCAGAGGGAGGUGGGGCUUAGGAGAGCCAGGGAGGCAGAGUUACCCAGAGGGUCAGAGCUCCACUGGGAGAGGGAUCCUGGGCUGAGACGGGGCAGGGAGUUGUCCCUCCACUGGGAGAGAGACAGGGAGGCUGAGCUGCAGUGGGAGAGGGACAGAGAGGCCGAAUAUUGGCACAGGAGAGCCACUGUUGCCUCCUACGGCCCACAGGGUCACGAUCUUCCGGCCUUCACAUUUGACCCCUUGCCAUCAGGUCACCCGGCUUAUCCAGAGGCGUCGAGGUCCCACGCUCAUUCCCACCUGGACCUGAAGUACAGCAGCAGCAGCAGCGGUUACCAAACGCCCCGCCAGGUGUGCCCCUGCUCACCUUACCAGCCCUCGCCGUCUGAAAGCAGGGGCUACGCCUCGGGCUACCAAUCAGAGUCCACGUCCCCACUGCCUCCGGCCUCCUCCAUGACCGGGCCCUGUAGCCAUAGCAACGGGCCUGGAGAGCAUAACCAUAACCACCACCAUCACCAUCCAGACUCGCAACAGUCAUACGGCUCUGACUCACACACUGAUGGCCUUCGGAGCUCUGGUGAAAGUGUGGGCUGGAGGGAUCACAUUGCCCACGGUUCCUUCAAGAGGGUCCACAGAGAUGGCCACGCUGCAUGCUCCACGCCGUCUGACAUGUCUGGACCACCCACUCCUGUCCACACCAGCAGCCCUCUACGCACACAGGAAAGCCCCAGUCCAGGAGGGAGAGAGUAUGAGAUCCGGACCACAGACAUCCUCAGCAGUGACUACGAGGCUUCCCAGCCUCAGGACGGACACUAUGGUGGUGAUAUUAUCGUCCAGGAAUCCCCAGAGAGCCAAAGAAGCAGCACAGAGCCGUCAUCCCUGCCGCAGGUUGCCAAAGACCCACAGUCACACACAUCCAUACCUAUACAAACAGAACCCCACAACCACUGCACUGCACCAAAAGACCCGCCCCCCACCACUCCCCAACAGCAGCACUGUAGCCCAGAUACACCAUCAGCUUCAACAACGCAGAACACCUCUUCUUUUGACUCUGCAACACCAACCACAUCAAACCAGGGACUCUGCCAGGCUCCCUCAUCCCCCGUUCAUACUUCAUCUGCACCAGAUACACAUUCCCAACCUCUCACCCCCCAGACCCCCCAUCCUUCAGAGGCUGCUGCUCUGCCUUCCACUGUGGCACAGGCAGUGUCCCAGCCUCAGAGCCAGACCCAUACUCAAGCCGCCGGACUGACGAGACCGACCCCAGCACAGGUCGUCGCAUCUUCUCCAACCAGGGAACCUCACCCAGAAGCCCCAAAACCCAUCAUCACCCCUGCCCCUGCAUCUCCCACCCCAGCUUCAUCAUCAUCCCCCCAGCCCGCCUCCAGUAGCAUGGAGGGCUCCCCAGUCUCUGAUGCACCAGUUCCUGGCUUUGCCACUUUGGGUAGGAGGUUGAUGUUGAGUGGGUCCGACCCCCACCAUCCGAACCACAUCCAGCACCACGGACCCCCACACCACCACUACCCAGGCAUGGAGCACAGCGCUGCCGGACACAAUCCUGCUCCUGACGCUUACAAGAGGCCCGGCUACACUGCUCACACUCCUCAGCUCCACCCAUCUUCCUACUCCAACUAUUCCACCAUCUCCAUCCCCCUUCCUCACCCCCAGCCACCUUUGCCAGAGAAGCGCCACCCGCCCGUCCAGUCAGGAUCACCCAACGAUGGGGUGGGAACUCUGAGGCCAGCUGUGGGCCAAGUGCCUCCCUCCAGCACCAGCACCGGCCAGCAUCAGCACCACGUCACAUUCUCUCCCACUGUGGGGGAAAUUGCACCACCUGCUGGCCAAAAUGAUGGAGAGGCGUCUGUGGAGACGGAGAAUGCGAAUAGGGUCAGUGUGAAGUUUGUUCAGGACAGUUCAAGGUUCUGGUACAAGCCGGGCAUCUCCAGAGAGCAAGCAAUCGCAGCUCUGAAGGAGAGAGAGCCAGGAACCUUCCUGAUCAGGGACAGUAACUCUUUCCAGGGGGCCUAUGGGCUGGCCCUGAAGGUGGCUACACCUCCUCCCAAUGUCAACAACCACAACAGCAAGGUGACCGACCCUCUGGAACAGCUGGUCAGACACUUCCUGAUAGAAACAGGCCCACGAGGAGUCAAGAUUAAGGGAUGUCAGAAUGAGCCGUACUUUGGGAGUCUCUCUGCAUUAGUUUACCAACACUCCAUCACGCCCAUCUCUUUGCCCUGCGCUCUUAAGAUCCCAGAAAAAGAUCUGAUAGGAGAGGUGCCGGAGGUUCAACCAGUGAGUAACAUCAGCACGGCUGCUGACCUGCUGAAACAAGGAGCAGCCUGUAACGUCCUCUACCUGAACUCUGUGGAAACAGAGUCUCUGACCGGCCCCCAGGCCAUCGCCAAGGCAACAGAUGCGUCCCUGAAUCGUAACCCGCGUCCCGCCGCCACUGUAGUCCAGUUCAAGGUGACAUCGCAGGGCAUCACACUGACCGACAGCCAGCGCAGAGUUUUCUUCAGGAGACAUUACCCAGUGAACAGCGUAACUUUCAGCAGCAUCGACCCCAAAGACCGGAGGUGGACUAACUCAGACAACACCAGUGUUAAGGUGUUUGGUUUCGUAGCCAAGAAGCCGGGCAGCUUGGCAGAGAACGUUUGCCACCUGUUUGCAGAGUUGGACCCCGAACAACCUGCCUCUGCCAUCGUCAACUUUAUCAACAAGGUCAUGCUGUCGCCGCGCCGAUAGACGGAGACAAACAGAGGAAACCAAACUCAGAGCAGACAAGCAGUGACAUGCAGCAUGUAGUACUGACAUGGCUUUUAUUGUACAGUAAUGACCGAGUGCCAGAGCUUGUUUUUGCUGAAUUUGGGCCAUGACACUAAAGCUAUCUUUGUCCAUCAGCUGAUGUGACAAAGAUUUUCUCAUUUUUUAAGACAUUUUAAAGGAAAUGAUGGUAUUUCAUUCCGAACAGUGCCCCUUUUCCUAAAGGGUUGGUUGACAAUAUAACACUACAUUUCAAUUUUCUAAUAUGGUGAAGUAUUGUUGGAUGAAAAAAACACAGUGUUCAAACAAAGCCAUGAUGUAUAGUGUUACAACUCCUCCGAGGACGGGGAGGCUUCAGAGGAAACUUCCACAAUCCACAGUGGCUUUCCAAGAAACAAAUAUCCUCUACAACUACCAGGGGCCUGUAUCAUGGAGAGAGAUUACAGGGUUAUUCUAAUAUCUUUGGGCUUAAAUCACUUUUAACCAGGUUAGAUCACCAUGGUAACCUGCUCAAGAGCAGGUUCGGUUCAGAGGAUCAAAUCAAAUCCUGUCAACAUGAAGUCGUCAUUCCUACGGGAUCCUGACAUGGACAAAAUGUUUUGAAUACUUUAUUCAUCAUGAGGCAAAACCGCACCGAAAUGUGACUUUGGAAAAUUUAUGGAUUAUCUAGAAUUAGAUUAAAUUAGAUUUUGUCUGUGGUGGUAUAUCACCUUUAGCUGCCAAAAUAGCCUAACUGCUAGUGGUUAUCUCCAUUUCAUCUCAUGCAUCUUGGAGCGAUGGAUCCAAUGUGAACAAAUAAUUUGGCGUAUUUCACAUUUUUAGUAUUGAUGUAUUCAGGUGCAUUUAUCAGGAUUUAGCGACAUUUGAAUCAGAAUCUGUUAACAGUUGGAGGAUUAUUUGGCCACUGUGAAUCAUGUCUGACCACACGCACACACACACACAGGUAGACCGGAGUUUUUGUGUGUUGAACUCUUAACAAAAAUACCUAAAGAUGUGUCUUUUAAGCUAUGGUCGCUGCUUUCAUCUUAAAUAUUAUAGAAAUACAACUGCGGCCUUUGUGAAAUCAGGACCAGCGAUGUUGGCUCAGUGAAGCCAGGCAGCUCAAAGAGUGCUGGACUAAGUUGAACUCUCUUCAUGAUACAGGCUCCUGGUUAAAAGCACCUUUUCUCUUCAUGUUAUGAUAGUAAAAGCAGCUUUAAGGACACAGAGACUGUGUGGAGUGGUUACAAAGAGGAUCUUUCCUUGCACUGUAAUGUUCAGCAUUUAGACAUAAUAACUGCCUUUAAAAACAGCAGGUGUUUAUAUCUUGUAUUUUGUUAUAAAAUCCCUUAUUUUUCUUUGUAUAAAAAGUGACCAAAGCCCUGGUGAUGUAAUUCAGUUUCUAUAUGUAGAGAUGUUCAGGUAUUCAGAUGUAUGUACAGCACAUUUACAGCCACUCUUGCCUUCAACCCUACAGCAGCACUUUUAUAAGUGUAACACAUUUAAUCAUAAUCGACAAUCGUGUUUUUUCUUCACUCAUAUACACGUAAUAUUCGGAGCGAGAGAGAGACAUAACUGAUGAAAGUAAACAUGAAUGUGAGUUUUUUAACUUUUAAUGUGUGUGCGAGGGAGUGGUGAGCGCGUGUGUGGAGGGUUUUGGUGUGCGGAGGGUGUUUAGGUAAAUAUGUUGGGUAUUGUUACGUCCGCUGUUAAAGAAUCGUAUGUGAAACGGGAAAAAGCUAGAUGGGGAAGGACGUACAUUGAUAAACUGCACCAUUGCCGUGAAAUGUUUGGUGUUCAUUCACUGCUUCACAUCUCAUCACACUCAUUCACACAUAUAUUACGUAACAAAGAGAAGACACACAGGUUAACACACACAAGCAAGGCAGUGGCCUGAAGACAGACGUACUUAACCAAAGACAAGCACUCUUGUAUUAAUAAGCUUUUUAUCCAGCUAUAUUUUUGUACUUAUUGCUUCUUGUAUUUUUACUAUGCAGUUAUUUAGUGUGUUGCCUUGUUUGGUAAAAACCAAGAAAAACACUACUUGUAUUACAGCGAUAAUAUAUUGUGGUCUGUUUUCUUGUUGAUCUCUAUAUUAUGUAGUAAUAUAUUUUCACAUGCAGCUAUAGGACAGCGUAUGAGACAUAAAAAAGGAAACGUUUGUUUGUUUGAAAGGAUAUUAUGCUAUUUUGUAUGCAAAAGAUGAAGAAUAGAAUUAAACUGAAAUGAUGUGGUACCUAAA